AUGCAUACUUGCCUACGCAUCGCAGAGAUCUUGGAUGCGAUAUUCGAACAGGUUUCCGACUCACUGCAAAAUGGCGCAAGCCGACAGACAGCGUCGCGCACACUCCUCGCGCUCGGGCUAACAUGCCGCACAAUGAUUGACCCAGCACUCGACCGACUAUGGGAGACUCAAGCCGGCCUGUCGCAGCUAGCACGAACACUGCCCACCGAUUCGUGGGCGCACUUCGGGAAGAGCAUCGUGACCCUCACGCGGCCGCUCGGCCACGAUGACUGGCGGCGGUUCGACUCCUACGCCCUGCGAAUCCGCAACUUCGGCUUUGAGCUCGACGGCACGUCCAACUCCAACGCAUGGCAACCCGUCAACUACGCCGUGCUCGACGCGUUUAGCGCACAUCAUCCCGGUGCACCGCUCCUCCCUCGCCUGCGCCGCCUCCGGCUAACCACCUCCCUGACAAAGUCCAUGCAGUUUAUCGAGCUGCUCCUCACGCCGAGCUUGACGUCGGUGGCGUUUGAUUUUGGUCUGCACUGGCGGCUGCAGGAGGAGCAGGUGUUCGUUGCGGCGGUGCUGGCGGGCGCUGAGAUGCGAUGUCCAGACCUGGAGGAGGUCAUUGUAGAUCGGAUACCGUUUGAGCGGGUCGCCACGUCGUUGCGGGCCCUCGCGUACAUGCUCCCACAGCGUCUCUACACGCCCAGUCUGUGCGGAGAUGACAUCCUCCGUCUCGCAGCGGUCCCGAGGCUCCGCCACGCAGAGUUCCGCAUCUGCGACGUAUUAGACUCGCUCUCGCCCGCCCGCGCGUUACAUCUCGACGCGUUCCGCUCCCUGCGAGUCCUCAGGCUGCACGUCCACUCGCUUGACGUGUCCACCGCGCUUCUCAAGCUCCUCCGCACGCCCUACCUUGAAGCCCUCGGCGUCCACGCGGAAGAGCGCCCCGACACCUCGACCCUCUCCGCCUUCCUCACUGAGCUCCUCGCCAUCGCCUCGCCUAUCAACUUCCGCUCGCUCAGGCUCUUCGACGGCACGGAGGCGACCGCCGAGCUCUACACGGGAGAUCUCCCCGCGUGGUGGAGUGACAGACCGGCCGUCGACGCGCGCGUCCUUGAGCCAUUAUUAUCCCUUGCGAAUAUUCGCGUUGUGGAGAUCAACUUCUCGUUACGGUAUCAGCUGGACGACGAGUUCAUUGCUCGGAUGGCGGCGUCCUGGCCGGCCCUCGAGCACCUGAACAUAGGCACGCUGUAUGGGUGGGGCCGCCCGUCCGGCGUAUCGCUCGCUGGCUUGCGCGAGGUUUCGACACGCUGUCCUCAGUUGCGGUUCUGUGGGAUGGCGCUGAACCUCAUAGAUAUAGACCUCCCCCGCACGGACAGCUUGGGGUGCAACACGCACGUCACGAAACUCUGCAUCGCGGACACGACGGCGACGGAGGACGCGUGCGAGGCGAGCACACCGGUGCUCCUGUCGCUCUUCCCCAACCUCGAGGUUGUUGUUUCUUAUAGCGUACUGUCAUCGGGCGCUCGAGGAGCUUCUGAGGAUCUCAUGAUGCCAGGAGAGGUUGCUUCGCAGCUCACGUCGCGGAUAUCUGCGUUCCGCCGUGCUGUACAUGACGUGCAGUGA